AUGGAGGCCGACUGGGAUGAGCUGUCGCGUAUCCCGAUGCCACCACCGAGUGCGCAUGGGAUGCCUACGAUUGCGACGACAUUGGCAUUUGACGAUGUUAUGGAACUUCUGUGGACGGGAAAUGAAUAUGGUAGAGUCUCGUCUUUCUACGGACCCGAUCUGCAGCGGUAUACUUCUGUCCGCGCACACCCUGUAUCCGAGGGCAUGGUGCGGCAGAUUAUCUUUCACGAACGCGGGGUUAUAUCCUUGUCCUCGCAGAGCGUGCAUAUGAUUACCCGGCGUGGCUUGACCCAAUGGCAUCUUACGCACGAGGAGAUGGUCGACCUUCGCUGCAUGAGCUUCACGGCGCAGACGAAUCGGAUCCUUGUGGCGGGCUGUCAGCGAUCCAUGUUCACAAUCGACAUUGACAAGGGCACGAUCGUGGACAAGUUGCAUACCGAUUCUAAUUAUACCCUCAUGAAGAAGAGCCGGUAUCUCUGCGCGGCGACCGACACGGGCUCUGUGAACGCGCUUAGUUUGGCGGACUUCAAAGUUGUCAAGUCGUGGAAGGCGCAUGGCACUGCUGUCAAUGAUAUGGACGCGCGGAAUGACUUGCUGGUUACCUGUGGCUUUUCGGUUCGCCAUCUCGGGUCGCCGAUCGUGGAUCCGUUGGCCAAUGUAUACGACCUGAAGACGCUAUCGCCGUUACCUCCUAUCCCAUUUCAUGCUGGUGCAGCAUAUGUGCGGAUGCACCCGAAACUGCAUACGACGAGUUUCGUGGCUUCGCAGACCGGCCAGCUCCAGGUGGUGGAUCUGAUGAACCCGAACGCGAUCAAUUUGCGACAAGCUAAUGUUUCGCUUAUGAUGGGACUUGAAAUUUCAUCGUCGGGAGAGGCACUCGCCAUUAAUGAUGCGGAAUGCUCCAUUCAUCUUUGGGGCUCGCCUUCCAAGGUCCACUUCAACGAAAUGAGCAAGGAGAUCGAGUUCGCGGAUGUACCUACCCGGCCACCACCAAUCGACUGGUCUCCCGAAACACCCUUGAACAUGAUCGGAAUGCCCUAUUACCACGAUCGUCUCUACUCAGCAUGGCCCAGUCAUCUCGUGUUUGAAGUUGGCAGCCCACCGGUUCAACUGGAUCAGUCUCUGCUCCCAUAUCUACGCCCGGCUGAGGUUGGGCACGGAGCACCGAAUCCAAGAAAGACGCGGCGAUAUCAGGUCGAGAACACGCGUGCGCUAGCUGCAGCCGAACCCGCUCUCAUUGCGCCCAAGUUCCUGAGUGAGAAAGCUCGGGAUCAGAGCAAGUCAGACUCAAAGGGCUUUGUUAGCGAUGUAGCUGAGGCAUUGGCGGGUGCAAAGAUCAACGGCGAGAGUGACGACGACCCUCUUCUUAAGUACAGCAACGUCGAGAUCAAGUAUAGCCGAUUCGGCGUGGACGAUUUCGACUUCCGAUUCUAUAACCAGACCGCAUUCUCCGGGCUUGAAACCCACAUUGCGAACUCCUUCACCAACGCCCUCCUCCAGCUCUUCAAAUUUGUUCCUCUGUUCCGAAACCUCGCCCUGACCCAUGCAGCUGGUUCCUGUAUCUUCGAACACUGUCUCCUGUGCGAACUGGGUUACCUGUUUGACAUGUUGGAGAAAGCGAAUGGCCAGAACUGCCAGGCGACCAACCUGUUGAAAACGUUCAGCAGUUUCCGCGAGGCUUCUAACUUGGGCCUUCUAGAAGAGAACCUCACCAACAAAUCCCUUUCGACUGCGAUCCAAGCCGUGAACCGCUUUUUCCUGACGCAAAUCGCGCACGACUUCCGUAUGAUUCAACCGAGCUCUGAAGAACUGGACCAGCGCCUUGCCACUAUUGCCUCUGAAUCCAUUCGCUGUAUGUUCUGCCAAAAUGAGACUGUGCGCCCGGGCAAUUCCCUUGCCAACGAGCUGCUUUAUCCGAACUUGGACAUCAAGCACGCACGCCGUAACCCGGCGUUCCGUUUCUCCAGCAUCCUGCGUGCGAGUAUCGAGCGUGAAACGCAGAACCGGGGAUGGUGCAACUAUUGUCGACGCUACCAGCAAGUGAUGAUUCGGAAAACUGUUCACCGGAUGCCUCUUAUCCUUGUACUCAAUGCGGCUUUGACAAACCCCAUUUGUCGUCGCCUGUGGGCUAUUCCCGGGUGGUUGCCUGAUGCAGUCGGUGUGGUUGUAGAUAACGGGCAAGUGAUGUGUUAUGAGGGCGAGGAUCUUCGCUUACACGAGCAAAACAAUACACCCGGCCUCGUGGUAUACGACCUGGUUGGUCUGGUGUCUGAAAUUGAUAUUCCUGAGCACCAAAAGCCGCAUCUGGUGUCGUUCAUCAAUGUUUCUAUCUCGGCGCAGGAAGCUCAAGAACAGAGCAACAAAUGGCACCUGUUUAAUGAUUUCCUGGUUACCGAGGUGGAUGCCGAUGAAGCCCUCCGCUUCACACAGCCUUGGAAGCAGCCUUGUGUGUUAGCUUUCCAGGUGAGGAAUGCGCGCCAUGGGGUCGAUGACUCGUGGAAGGAUUGCCUUGAUACCACUCUGCUCUUCCGCGAGUGGUCUUUGAAUGGUGGUCACCAUGUGGAGUCAUGUCGCACCCUGACGGAGGAAGAGAAGCCCCAACCCGGCACGCCUUUGGCCCUCGAUACUGAAUUUGUGGACCUUGAAAAGGCCGAGAUUGACGUCAAAGCGGACGGAUCACAGGAGAUCGUGCGGCCGAACAAGAGUGGCCUUGCCCGAGUUUCCGUUCUGCGUGGCUCGGGUGUCGACGAGGGUGUGCCGUUUAUUGACGACUAUAUUACCAUUCGUGAACCGAUCGUCGACUAUGUCACCCAGUACUCCGGUAUCAAACCCGGUGAUCUCGACCCGCGGACCAGUGAGCAUAAUCUGGUUCCACUGAAGGUAGCAUACAAGAAGCUCUGGCUCCUGCUGAACCUUGGGUGUGUCUUUGUGGGCCAUGGCCUGGCCUCGGACUUCCGCAAAAUCAACAUCCAGGUGCCCAAGUCCCAGACCGUGGACACACAAUACCUCUUCUUUCACCCAAGCAAGAACCGCCGUCUCAGUCUACGAUAUCUCGCUUGGGCUGUGUUCAAAGAGUACAUCCAAGAAGAACCAACCUCCGACGUAGUCCACGGCCACGACUCUAUCGAAGAUGCCCGCAUGGCGAUGCGCCUGUGGAAGAAGUUCCAAGAAUACGAAGACGCAGGCAUCGUCGCCCAGAUGCUGGAGGAGAUCUUCCGCGAAGGAUCUAAACUGGGCUUCCGGCCCCCUCCCAAGAACGGCGGAACAGCAGUUGUCCUCUCCCGGCCCGGCACUGCUGUCACCCUGCAGAACAGCGGUCGCAAUACACCCAGCACCCCCGAGGCAUCUGGAGCUGCAACUGCAUCUGCGGCAACAUCCGCGCCAGUGAAUACGGCCACACCGACACCGGCCCCUACUAGCGCCCCUACUACUCCUCGUCAGGCUUUCCGGCGAUCAAUCGCCUUGACCCCCAGCAAUGGCAGUUUCUCCGGCCCUGGUGCCGGCGAUUUUUUUGGCGGCAGUCCGCUGCGAUGA